AUGAAUAGAAUAGUUCAUCCACUUGAGAAAGUAUUUUUAAAAACAAUUAUACAAUAUUUUACUGAUUGUUCAACAAUUCUGAAGUUCGUUUUUAUUAAUAAAAAAUGUGGAGAAGUACCUAAAAUGGUAAAAAAGAAUCCAUUCUUUUUAAAAAAAGUAGAAAGAGAUUGUAAUAGUUGUGUUAAAUUUAUAAGAGAAUUUAAAUUAUUUCCAUAUAUAGAUGUAUUAACAUUAAAUUGUAGUUAUUUUAGAACAUUUAAAACACAUCAAAUUAUGGAACAAGUUAAAUAUAUUCAUAUUAAUGAAAUACUAAUAAAAGAUAUAAAUUUUCUUAAUGGGUGUGAAAGUAAAAUACAAGAACUUGGCAUUAUUAUUGAAAAUGAAACACUUAAUUUAAAAGAAUUUAUUAAUCUUCAGAAAUUAUUUAUUAAUAUUAAAGGAAUAAUAACAAUAUCUUCUGUAUUACCAAAUAAAAAACAAAAAUUAGAAUUAAUGAAACUUGAUUUUAUGAAUAACAAUUUACCUUCUAAUAUUUCAAAUGAACUUAAAGAAUAUUCUCUAAUUAAUAAAAUUAUUAUUACAACAAAUACUAAACCAAUAGAAAAUAAUAAUAAUAAUAAAAUAAAUUUCUUUUAUGAUGGAUGGAUUGAAAAAUAUGAAACGGAUUUUAUUUGUAAAAAAAUAAGAUUUUUAUUGAAAAGAAAUGAAGAAGGAUGUGAUUUAAGUGAAUUAAAGAAAGUAAUGAAAAAGUAUUAUCCAUAUGAAAUAAAAUUAAAUAUGAAAGAUACAUUUAAUAUUAAUUGGAAAUACGAUUUAAAUGAAUUAAGAAUGUGUAAAACAUAUGAAGAAUAUUUUUAUAAACGUCAUAAAGGAGAUCAUGACUUUCAAGAUUGUAUUGAUGAAGGAUAUUCAGUUAGUGAAGAAUAUGAAAAAGAGAAACAAAUGAAAUUAAAAAAAAUUGAUGAUGAAUUUAAUGUAGAAGAAUUAGUAAAAGAAGAAAUAAAUGAAUAUGAAGAUAAAAAAUUUAAAGAAGAAACAAUAAAAAGAAGAGAAAAGAAAAAAGAAGAAGCAGAAAAAAGAAGAAAAUAUUUUCCAAUAAUUGUUAAAACAACAGACAUUGAUUUAUCAGAAUAUACACAAUUAAAAAAUAUAGAAACAAAAAGUGAUAUUAUUGGAAUUAAAGCACCUGAAAAUUAUAAAGAUGGAAUGUAUUUAAAUUUUAAUAAUUCUAAUUCUCAUUUAAGUAAGAGAGAUGAACAAAAAGUAUUUUGUUCAAUUAGAAGAAAUAUGGAUUUUUCUAAAGAAAGUUUUAUUAAUGCAAAAAUGAUUAAAUGUAAAUUACUUCAAAAAACAUUAUUUCCUUCAACUCUUAAAAGACUUACUUUAGAAGAUUGUGAAGUUGCAACUUAUAAAAAUGGAAGUUAUUUCCAAUUACCUAAAUGUGUGACAUCUUUAACACUUAAAGGAAAUAUUGAUCAACGUGCAUUACAUAUUGAACGUAUUCCAUUAAUUGAAUUACAACUCUUGGAAACUCCUUUUGUAGAAAUUAAUCCAUUUCCACAAACAUUAACAAAAAUUAAAUUAAUGGAUAUUAAUUCUUCUAGACUAAUGAACUUUAAAAAUUGUACAUUAACUUCAUUAGAAUUAGUGUCAUGUGUUAAAGCUGGUUUUGUAUUACCUAAUCUAAGAUUGUUUAGAGGAGAUAAUUCAAAUAUUUAUAUUAAAAAUAUUGACUCAAUUAAAGUAAGAAGAUGUGAAUUAUUCAGAUGUUUUGUUAAUGACCAAGACAAACUUAUUUGUGAUCAUCUUUUUAGUUUUGGAGAUAUUUGCGAUAAUCAUAACAAUCCUUUCUUUGAAACUUAUUUUGAAGAAUUACCAAUUUCUAAAUCUGUUUCUUCUUUAAAUAAAUCACCACAACUAAAUUCAUCAACAUUAUCAUUGUCUACUCUCUCUUCUUCACCUCCUAAUACCCAAAUUCAACCUCACCAACCAAAAAUAACACCUACAAACCCAUUCUCAAGAAGUGCUAUUGAUGAUUCUUCUUUUUCUAUUUUUAAUGUUAGAAAUGAAUUAACUUCUUAUCAAUUACCUCCUCCAACAAAUUCUAAUUAUUAUUCCCCAUUUACACCUUCUUCAUUGAAUUAUCAGGGAACUUAUCAACAUUACCAUUCAACUUAUUCUCCUUCUAUUCCACCAAAAUAA